AUGGGCGGUGGAGGGGAGAGCGAGGAGACAAAGGACCUGCACUUGUCAGGCCUCUUCAGCGUGGCUAAAGGCACUGCUAAAGACGCAGCUAAAGGUGCAGCUAAAGGUGCAGCUAAAGGCGCAGCUAAAGACGCAGCUAAAGGUGCAGCUAAAGGUGCAGCUAAAGGUGCAGCUAAAGGCACAGCUAAAGGUGCACCUAAAGGUACAGCUAAAGGCACAGCUAAAGGCGCAGCUAAAGGUGCAGCUAAAGGUGCAGCUAAAGGCACAGCUAAAGGCACAGCUAAAGGUGCAGCUAAAGGCACUGCUAAAGACGCAGCUAAAGGUGCAGCUAAAGGUGCAGCUAAAGGCGCAGCUAAAGACGCAGCUAAAGGUGCAGCUAAAGGUGCAGCUAAAGGCACUGCUAAAGACGCAGCUAAAGGUGCAGCUAAAGGUGCAGCUAAAGGCGCAGCUAAAGACGCAGCUAAAGGUGCAGCUAAAGGUGCAGCUAAAGGUGCAGCUAAAGGCACAGCUAAAGGUGCACCUAAAGGUACAGCUAAAGGCACUGCUAAAGACGCAGCUAAAGGUGCAGCUAAAGGUGCAGCUAAAGGGUUGGUGUGGGACGCAUCGGGCUUUCCUCCAUGCAAUGAAACCCAUCAGCGUCACACAGAAGAGAAAUGA